GCGCACGGCCGGGCACGCGCGCGGGCCCGACCCGCCGCCCCGAGCGAGCCAGAGAGGGGGCUCUGAUCCGUGUGGAAUGGGGUCUGAAGGCUGCUGAAGCCCUUCUGCCUGCUGCUCAGGACACCCUGGGAGGAUCACACCACGAGGGAUCCUAAAAUUCCCUUUGGGAUCCGCAGUUUGGGACAGGCUCACACUGUGGGUGCUUGGGCCAGCCAGGUUCACCCCAAGGAGCACAGCCAGCAGCAGGGCAGGGAUGGAGCGCCUGGCCUCUUUCAGCAGUGACCCUUUUGACAAGCCCCCGUGCCGGGGCUGCUCCUCGUACCUGACGGAGCCCUACGUGAAGUGUGCUGAGUGUGGGCCCCCUCCCUUCCUGCUGUGCCUGCAGUGUUUCACCCGAGGAUUUGAGUACAAGAAGCACCAAAGUGAUCACACCUAUGAGAUAAUGACAUCUGACUUCCCUGUGCUGGACCCCAACUGGACAGCCCAGGAGGAGAUGUCUCUCCUGGAAGCUGUGAUGGACUGUGGAUUUGGGAACUGGCAGGACGUGGCCAACCAGAUGUGCACCAAGUCCAAGGAGGAGUGUGAGAAGCACUACAUGAAACACUUCAUCAACAACCCCCUGUUUGCCUCCACGCUGCUGAAGCUGAGGCAGGCAGAGGAGGCUCAGCACCACGAGACAGCCAUUCCCUUCCACUCUGCUGAUGAUCCCCCACGGCCCACCUUUGACUCCUUGCUCUCCAGGGACAUGGCUGGCUACAUGCCAGCCAGAGCUGACUUUGUUGAGGAGUUUGACAACUAUGCUGAGUGGGAUUUGAGAGAUAUUGAUUUUGUGGAAGAUGAUUCAGACAUUUUGCAUGCUCUGAAGAUUGCAGUUGUAGAUAUCUAUCAUUCCAGGUUAAAGGAGAGACAGAGACGGAAAAAAAUUAUAAGAGAUCAUGGCCUGAUCAACCUCAGAAAAUUUCAGAUCCUGGAAAGGCGUUACCCCAAGGAGGUGCAGGAGCUCUACGAGACCAUGAGGAGGUUUGCGCGCAUCCUGGGGCCCCUGGAGCACGACAAGUUCAUCGAGAGCCACGCACUGGAAUUUGAGCUGCGCAGGGAAAUAAAGAGACUGCAGGAAUACAGAGCAGCAGGAAUCACCAAUUUCUGCAGUGCCCGGACCUACGAGCACCUGAAGAAGAGCCGGGACGAGGAGCGGCUGAAGCGCACGAUGCUCUCGGAGGUGCUGCAGUACAUCCAGGACAGCAGCGCCUGCCAGCAGUGGCUCAGCCGCCAGGCAGACAUUGAUUCUGGCCUGACUCCCACGGUACCAGUUCCUUCAACUACAGGCAGAAGGAGUGCCCCACCGCUGAACCUCACCGGCCUGCCGGGCACCGAGAAGCUCAACGAGAAGGAGAAGGAGCUCUGUCAGAUGGUGAGGCUGGUCCCUGGAGCCUAUUUGGAGUAUAAAGCUGCUUUAGUGAACGAGUGCAACAAACAGGGAGGCCUGAGACUGGCGCAGGCUCGAGCCCUCAUCAAGAUUGAUGUGAACAAAACCAGGAAAAUCUAUGACUUCCUGAUCAGAGAAGGGUACAUCACAAAGGCCUGAGGAUGGGCAGCAGUGCUUGGCUGGAGCAGGCAGAUGUGGAGAAGCUUUGAAGUCGCUUUGACAGCGCUGAAAGAUUUCACCAGUGUUGAAUGAAGGACAUUUCCUUUUGUUUAAAACCUUUCAGGGCUUUUUUUUUUCUUUUUUUUUUUUUUUUUUUUGGUAAAAACAAGUGGGAAGCUUUGUUAAAUUGCAUGAAUGCUGACAUUUGUCUGGGUUCCUUUUGACUCUGCUGUUGUCAGGAUGGCUCUGCCUCGCAGCGCUGGGGAGGAUCAUGUGCCACAGAAGCUGAUGUUAAACGUGAAUGGGCAUUCAUUCCUCACACCUCCCGUGGCUGCAGAGAGCACCACGGUACCUCUGUGUGCUGCUGACAAAGAAUCAGGACACAGCCACACUUUUUGCAGCACAGGGUACAGAGAUGCAGUCCCUCCCUCCUUGUGUUCCUCCCUAAAUCAGCAGCAGCUCUCAGAGGCGACAGCACGUGCCCGAGGCUGUAAAAAUAGAGCUUGCAGUGGUCCAGUC